GGGCCGAGCCCCACCAUUGCCCCCUGUGGCUGCGCUGUGACGACAACGCAAUCCUGCCGCGAUUUCCAUUGCGGGUGGUGGGCUAUCGGGGUGGUGCCAGGAACACACGCCAGCGCGCUCUCGUCGAGCUGGCGCUGUACUAACUAACGUUAAUAAGCUGGUAAGCCUCGUUGGCAUCAUCGCCGCAACGUCCCAUCAAUACCACUUCGCCAACCCGCAACGCUUCGCAUGGGCGCAAGCACGACGCCGCACCGCAGCAACUCGUCGCGAUUUGCAAUUUGCACAUAAGCUUCACGUUGUCGGCGACAGGUCUGGCCGCUGUCAUCGUUCGUAAUGCCGCCCUUUGCCGCAUCCAAGCUCCCUUACCGGGACAUCAACAUCAAGGUCACCAACGAUGCCUACACCUUCACCUCGCCUUCGUCGCCCGAUGCGCCCGCGCUUCUCAUCGAUAGACCUACCGGCGACGUCCGUCUAGCAGACGCUGCCCUCCAGGCGGGCAAGCGCGCCUCUCGCGUCUCGAGCGUUGCUGGCAUCCUGGGCAUCAUCCAGCUGCGCCUAGACAAGUAUGUCAUAGUCAUUAGCAAGGCCCAGCCCAUGGGCCGCCUCAAGGGCCACAUGGUGUACAAGGUUAUCGCAACUGAGGUCCUCCCCAUGCGCGAGCGCCAGAUUCACGACCCCGACGAGGACACCUUCAUCGGCCUCCUCAAGACAUUCUUGCAGAACGGGCCCAUGUACUUUUCCUACUCGAUCGAUCUCACCAACUCCUUCCAGCGCCAAUCGCAAGCCGACAACGCCAGUCCGUUGUGGAUGAGAACAGACGAUCGCUUCUUCUUCAACAAGUAUCUGCAGACGGACCUCAUAGAGUUCCGCAGACGAGGCUCUAGGAACCAACCCGGCACGCAAACCGGGAUCGACCCAUACAUCCUGCCAUGCAUAUUCGGCAUGCUCGAGAUCAAGCCCACGCGCUUCAAGAAUACACCCUUGACGCUCAUCCUCAUCUCCCGCAGAUCUCGCUACCGCGGCGGUACGAGAUACUUUACACGUGGUGUUGAUGAAGACGGUCAUGUCGCAAACUACAAUGAGACAGAACAGGUCGUGAUCCUCAACGAUAGUAGCAGCGGCCUAGGUGGCUUCGCUGGCAGCACCGAUAUGCAGAGCGGCAAGUUUGGCGCCUCGGCUGGUCAGGAGAUGCAGAUCAUGUCCUACGUCCAGACCCGAGGAAGCGUCCCGACCUACUGGUCCGAGAUCAACAGUUUGCGCUACGUCCCCAAGCUGCAGGUUCGCAGCACCGAGGCUGCCACUCCUGCGGCCGUGAAGCACUUUGAUGAGCAAAUCCGUAUCUACGGCGACAACUACCUCAUCAACCUUGUCAACCAGAAAGGCCGCGAGUGCAGAGUCAAGGAAUCGUAUGAGAAGAUGGUGGAGGCUCUGGUCUCGGGCCCAAGGGAGCGCCAUGAAGCCGAUCGGCUGACCGACGAAAAGUUCACCACGAUCCAGCCCGGGUCGAAGCAGCAACAAUUUGACCGUCUGCACUACAUUUACUUUGACUACCAUGCCGAAACCAAGGGCAUGAAAAUGCACAAGGCAUACGCUCUCGUUGAUAAGCUUCAGGAGGCGCUCGCCACCCAGGGCUACUUCCGAGGUGUCGACACGCCCGCCAAUGUUGACGGACGGAUUGAUGUCCGCAGCCUGCAAACCAGCGUCAUGCGCACCAACUGCAUGGACUGCCUCGAUCGGACUAAUGUCGUUCAAAGUAUCUUUGGCCGGCAUGUAUUAGAUCGCAUCUUCGAGCAGGCUGGCCUCAUGACCCCCGGCUCCUCGUUCCGCGAUGAGGACCAGGCGUUUGAGCACAUCUUCCGCAACAUAUGGGCUGACAACGCCGAUAUCGUCUCUUCCUCGUACUCGGGCACCGGCGCCAUGAAGACAGACGUCACCCGCACAGGAAAGCGCACAAAGGUCGGCGCUUUGCAAGACGCCCGAAUCGGCAUCACACGCUACUACCUCAACAACUUUAGGGACGGUCCGCGUCAGGACUCGUUUGACCUGUUUCUGGGAGCCUACCAGCCGGGAGAGACUAACAUCGGCACGAACCUCGUCUUCAUUGACAGGCGCCCGUUGAUGAUCCAGUCCAUCCCCUACGUUCUGGCGUUCAGCGUCUUUAUCGUUCUCGUCGGCAUCUUGACCAAACGCGAUCCGGACGCGAGGGUCCUCCCCAUGCGCAUCUUUAUCCUCUUCUGGAGCGCUGUGGCUGCGUACUGCUUCUACUUUAUCUGGACCCAUGGCAUGCUCUAUGUUAACUGGCCGCGACUCAACCCUCGCCACUUUGCCGUAGAUGGCUACACGGAGCACUUCUCCAAGGCCCGCAAAGACGCUGUCAUUGGGCCGUUUGUGACGCGGCAUGAAAGAGGACUCAGCACUGCGCGCUACCUUAAUGCUGAGGAAGGCAAAAAGAGGAUUGAAUAGCUGCCGUUCAUGUCUUAUCUUUCGUACUUUUCUCUAGUGGCCUUUCUUGUCUGGCUCUUUCUAUGUUUCCUCUCAAGCCCCUGUUCUGAAUAGAACUCAUAGAAGCGUCGUUCCGCCGGGUACUAGAGGAAACAGAGUCCUAAUCAUCUCAAUGCGAUGACCCCCGUGCACGCGCCGUGUUCGCCCGUCUUUGGCCA